AGCCCGAGUAUCAUAUAACUUCUAUAUAAGGACGACUGGAGCUAGGGUUUCCACCGUUUCCUCAGCCGCUGUCUCGAUCCCUCAAAACCCUUCGUUCAGACCCUCCGAUUCGCAAUUUGCAGCGGCCAUGUCGCGGAGGAAGACCAGGGAGCCCAAGGAGGAGAAUGUGACACUUGGACCAACCGUACGAGAGGGAGAGAAUGUUUUCGGUGUUGCUCACAUCUUUGCAUCCUUUAAUGAUACUUUUAUCCAUGUGACAGAUUUAUCUGGAAGAGAAACCAUGGUCCGCGUUACUGGCGGGAUGAAAGUGAAGGCGGACAGGGAUGAAUCCUCUCCCUAUGCAGCCAUGCUUGCAGCACAAGAUGUUGCACAACGCUGUAAGGAGCUUGGAAUCACUGCUCUGCACAUUAAGUUGCGGGCAACUGGUGGUAACAAAACGAAGACGCCUGGUCCAGGUGCCCAGUCUGCUCUCAGGGCCCUUGCUCGGUCUGGAAUGAAAAUUGGCCGCAUUGAGGAUGUGACCCCGAUUCCACAUGACAGCACCCGCAGGAAGGGUGGUAGAAGAGGAAGGAGGCUCUAGUCUUAUGGUGACCUUUAUCAAAGGUUUCUGUGGCUGUUUCCUAGUUAUAGAAAUUGGAGCUGUGUUAGUCGUUGGGGAACACUAGUUUUUGUUUUGUUUGUUUGGAUUUGAGAUUUUGCCUGACUGGUUAUUUUUGUUUUAUUUAUCAGAUCCAUAAAAUGUUAUGAACUACAACACCUUGCUGCUGAA